AUGUCAGAAGAGAAUAAUUUACAUACAGAAAUUAAAAACGAAACGAAUAUUGAUGAUUCUGAGAUUCAUUUUGAUAUAAAAGAUGAUGAUGGACCUAAAUAUAAAAAAAUCAAAAUUGAAAAUAAUGAAGUUGAAAAAUCAGCAAUAGAAAAUAAUUCUUCAAAUGGUGAUUCUAAGGUGGUUGUUAUACCACCUAAAAAACCGCAACUAUUCUAUACGCCUUUGAAAACGGGAUUAGUUUAUGAUGUUAGAAUGAGAUAUCAUGCAAAAAUUUUUACAACCUAUACAGAAUAUACAGAUCCUCAUCCUGAAGAUCCAAGAAGAAUCUAUAGAAUUUAUAAAAAAUUAGUUGAAGCUGGUCUAAUUACUGAUAGUGAUUUAUCAGGAAUUGAAGAGAUUGGUCCUUUGAUGUUAAAAAUUCCAAUUCGUGAAGCUGACGCAGAAGAGAUUUUAGAAGUUCAUUCCGAAAAACAUCUUGAAUUUAUUAAAUCGACUGAAAAUAUGUCAAGAGAUCAAUUAUUAUACGAAACUGAAAAAGGUGAUUCUAUAUAUGUCAACAAUGAUAGUUAUUUAUCUGCAAAAUUAUCGUGUGGAGGCACUAUUGAAGCUUGUAAAGCUGUUAUUGAAGGUAAAGUCAAGAAUUCAUUAGCAAUUGUUAGACCUCCAGGUCAUCAUGCAGAACCCGAUACUCCUGGUGGCUUUUGUUUAUUUAGUAAUGUUGCUGUUGCUACAAAAAAUUUACUUAAAAAUUAUCCUGAACUGUGUAGAAAAAUCGUUAUACUUGAUUGGGAUAUUCAUCAUGGUAAUGGUACACAAAAGGCGUUUUAUGAUGAUCCAAGAGUUUUAUAUAUAAGUUUACAUCGUUAUGAAAAUGGAAAAUUUUAUCCAGGUACAAAAUAUGGAAAUUCAGAUCAAGUUGGACAAGGUGAAGGUGAAGGUUUUAAUAUCAAUAUACCAUGGAGAAACCAUGGUAUGCAUGAUGGAGAUUACGUUUAUGCUUUUAAUAAGGUUAUUUUACCAGUAAUUAUGGAAUUUGACCCCGAUUUAAUGAUUGUUAGUUCUGGAUUUGAUGCAGCAGAUGGCGAUAUGAUUGGUUUGUGUCAUGUUAGUCCAGCUGGCUAUGGUUACAUGACUCAUAUGUUGAAAGGAUUAGCAAAGGGUAAAUUGGCGGUGGUUUUAGAAGGUGGCUACAAUCUUGAAAGUAUUAGUAAAAGUGCAUUAGCUGUUGCAAAAGUUUUGAUUGGUGAACCGCCAGAAAACACUAUCACUUCACAACCACAUUCCGAAUCGAUAGAGGUUAUUGAUGAAGUUAUAAAAAUUCAUUCAAAAUACUGGAAAUGUCUCAACAAUCAUGGUAUACCAAAAACGUCAUUUGAUGAUGUAUAUGAUUUACAAGAUUUAGACAAAGCAAGAUUUAAUUUGAUAAAUUUAGCAGAUUCCAUAAGAUCUUAUCAAGCAAGUAAUUUAUUUACCAAAAGAAAUUUCAUUAGUAUUCCAAUUAUUAAUAACCCAAUAUUUACAAUCGAUUUACCUAAUCAAGUGGAUGAUUUAAUUUUAGCAUCUCCAGAUAUACAAGAUUGUAGUACUAUUAUACUAUCCAUUCACGAUCCACCUGAAGUAUGGGCUAACAUUAACCCAAUAAAUGGAACUAUAGAAUCAAAUUCAUCAAUUGUAUUAGAGCAUCCAUUGACAUCAAUUAUCGAUAAAAUUGAGAAAGAAAACGAUUCAAGUAACAAAGAAAAAAUUGGGUUUAUAGAUAUCAAUAUCCCUUCAUAUCAGUUAAUAAUACCUGGAUUGUCUUCAUCACCAACUCCAUCAUCAACAACAACAUCAUCAUCAUCAACUAGUUACAAUCCAAAUAUUUUUGCACAAGAAAUUCUAUUAUAUCUUUGGGAUAACUAUUUAUCCUAUUUCAAUAACUUGAAAAAAUUAAUAUUAAUAGGUAUUGGAGAAUCAUAUCUGUCCAUUUUGAACUUGUAUAGCAAGCGUCCAUCACAAGAAAUCAAAGAGUUGGUAAAAGUAACUAUUGCAUUUAUAAAUCGUACAAAUAUUAAACCACUAGUUCCUGUAAUGGACGAGUCAAUGGUUGAAUGGUUUUAUACGAAUUCAUUUAUAUUCACAAGCAAUUUCAAUCCAACAUGGCAUAAUGCAUCAAAUCAACCCUCUUCUAUUAAUGGAUCAAUAGCAGAAGUUGAUGAACUUAAAAGACCUAGAAAAAAAUUUGGUAGAGUACUAAAAUCUAAUAGUGACGGUUUAUUUGACAUAAUUAAUGAAAAAUUUGAUGAAUGUGUCGAUAUUAUUUUGGAUGAAAUAGAAGAAGAAUCUAGUACAGAAUGA